GUGACCCAUUUUCUGAUGUUCACCUUCAGCGACUACGUUCUGUCACUACAUAUUUUUCAUGUUCCAAAUACUGCUUACAAAGUGUUCGACGUAAUGUCCCUGAAACGAAGUGGAUCAUUAUUAAGCUGAAUUAAUAGAACAUAAAAACUAGUUAAUUAUUUGAUUGGUUAGUUAGAGUUUAUUAUAAGUUGGUUAGUCAAAGUUCCAUUUCUUUGAAACUCAUUCCUGUUGGUCCUUUACACUGUAAAUAUUGUUUCUUUCAUUUCAUGUGCCCAAAAAGUUUGGCUACUCUAUCUAUCAUCCCUUUUAUUGUAUUAGUUAUAAAAUCAUCAAUGUUUAUACGUUAUAGUUGGAUGUGAUUGUGCUAGUUCACGAGUUAUUACAAUUCUUAACAUGACACACAUUGAACUUUUGUACUUGUUGUCAUUACAAUGCGAGAGGUUAUGUCAAGAUUUAGUUGAAAGUAGUGAAGAACCCAUGCAAUAUUCUAGAAAUGUGAACUUGUUGGGAAAGAGAUGUGUGAAAUUCUACCAUGUGUCAUUUAGCGGGAAGAAUUUUCUUAGAAAUAGAUAGAUAGAAAGAUAGACUCUCUUCAUUAUUAAGAUGAUUAGCAUCAGUUAAAGUAGUCUCAAUUUUUUGGGUUUGUACAAAUUGCUUUAUCUGGAAGAAUCUUUCUGCCGUGUGUCAUUUAUAAAAAUCAUUUCUGAAAAUACAUUGAAAAUUUUUCUUACAACAUCAGUAUGUCAUAGUUCCUGCUGGACACUUUCAUUUCAAUUAUAAUCACUAAGACAUACACGACUCUAUAUAAUUCAUUCUGAUUGCUUUUGGUUUAAUAUAUUUAUGCUAUCUGUUACUGUUGGUGCCUUUUUUCCUUUGGUUGUAUAGCUUGAGAUAGACACAUUGACGUGUAAGUUCUCAAUAUUUCCAGUUUGGACAACAUCCACUCAUUCAAGCAUAAGUUGACUUGUACAUAUUCCAUUUGAUAAAAGACUUGUCCUAUUUGAAAGUUAAUAUGUAGGGUAUUUUGGGUACAAUCUUCAGUAUUUGAAUCUGAAGUUUGCAGCCCCGGUUUUCUAUUUGAUAUAGUGAAAGGGAUGAGCUCGCCCUUUCUUUCUAUUAGGUGCUGCUGGUUUAAACCUGAUGUGGCGCAGAGGUAGGGAAGGUUUCUGCCGUCUUCGCCGGUUCACAACGGCGGUGCGACGGCGCUCAGAAGACGAAGGUGACUGGCUCUAUGCCUCAGAGUGGUGGGGUUCUACCAACGACGACGGAAAAACCAUUCUACGAUCAACUUCUGCCAAGGGAAAUGGUGUCGUUUCAGUAGUCGCACAUCCCUCCUCCCGACCCAAUAGAAUGCAUUGGUCAAAAAUGGAAAGAUGGUUGCAGCAGAGGUGUGAGGAGGUGCAUCCUGGAUAUGGUAGUGAAGGGAAUCUGAGGGUGCUUGGAUAUCAAUGGCGGGUGCUGCGUUUCAAUGAUGUUACUCGCCAGAGCACGGCAAAAGUAUUACUAACUUACCGCGAAAACAAGCCAGAACUUGUCUAUCUUAUGCAACAACCACAUUGCUUGGCUGUUCCAUAUGUGAAGAGUAUGGUAUCUGCUGGGUUGAGUGCUAUAUCCUCAUGUAAUUUUGAUAUAGUUAGCACAUUACAAGGAAAAAAAAGUAUGCACAUUUUAUGCAUUGGUCAUGGUGGGGGAAGCCUACCAUUGUUUUUGGCAAGUAAAAUCCAAGGUGCUAUUGUCCAUGUAGUUGAAAUUGAUCCACUUGUUAUCUCGGCAUCAAUUCGUGCUAUGGGGUUCCCAGCAUUUUCACUCAUGACAGAAUCAGGUCACCGGACUUUUGCAAAACCCGAUAUCAUUAAUGAAGUUAUGUGGAAAGGCACCCAUGAGAGGAUUUGCCUUCAUGAAACAGAUGCUGAGGAAUUUAUUACUAAUAAUACCAAUCUAUAUGAUAUGAUCUUUGUUGAUGCUUAUGAUGGUGAUGAUGUCUUUCCCCACAAGUUAUGGGACCCAGAUUCGCCUUUCCUAAAAUCUCUUAAAACCCGGCUUCAUCCCAAACAUGGUACUGUUGUGGUGAACCUGCAUUCUGACGUUGAUGUACGGAACCAUGAUGGAUCAACUCCUUCAGAGUUUGAGCAAGUUUUACCAAUGGGAAAGUAUGUGUCUCAAGUGUGCAAAGCAUACAAGGACGUGCUUUUAGGAACUGGAAGCUCUUGUGGAGAGAAAAGAGGUUCUGGCAUUGCUUUUACUGUUGCAGUUCCUUGGACCUGUAAUACGUCUCUAGUUGCAUGUAGAGGUUUUGGUAGAGAUAAUCAAUAUAUUAACCGGGACUUGGUUCUAAACACUCUCAUAUCCAAAUCCCUUGAACUGGAACAUGCUAUGGACUUGCCAUUCUCAUGUUUGGAAUACAUAAAAGGAGGUCUUUUUCUUGUUGACUAGUUUGUUGACCAGAAUAUCUGUGUAAUAUGUUUUUUAUUGAGACAUACUAAAUUGUGGCAAGAAAAUACUCAUAGUUCUUGAGACGCCAUUGUUUUUAUACUCGAGUUUUAAUUGUUAGUAGCUAAGAUUUGAUCCUUAAACCUCCUUGCCAAACACGGAUUUAUUUGUUAUUAACUCAACCACUUGAGCCAUACCAUUCCGGUACUUUUUUAGUUCUGUUA